AUGCCGGGUCUUCCUCCUAGAGACCUGUGGGAUUGCCACCCCAGGAUGGCUGGAACAAAGAAGAAAGCUGCCUGUCCAGGACUUGGUCUGUUUUAUACUGUACUGUCUGCCUUCCUUUUCUCAGUGGCCUCUUUAUUUCUUAAAAAAAUAGAAGAUGUACAUUCGGUGGAAGUGAGUGCGUUUCGAUGUGUUUUCCAAAUGGCAUUCGUUCUUCCUGGUUUAAUAUACUACAAAACAGGGUUUUUGGGACCAAAAGGUAAAAGAAUUUUUCUUUUCUUCCGAGGAUUCCUUGGCUCUAGCGCAAUGAUUCUUCUCUACUAUGCUUUCCAAGUCAUGCCACUAGCUGAUGCCACUGUUAUAACUUUUAGCAGUCCUGUUUUUACAUCGUUGCUGGCAUGGAUCUUUCUCAAAGAGAAAUACAGUGUUUGGGAUCUUCUGUUUACCCUCUUUGCAAUCACUGGAGUGGUUCUUAUUGCCAGACCACCAUUUCUGUUUGGGUCAAACGUUACGGGGAUUGAAGGAAGUUACACAGAUCACCUUAAAGGAACUAUAGCAGCAGUUACAAGCACCGUAUCUGCAGCUUCGACUUUUGUUAUACUAAGGAAGAUGGGAAAAUCCGUGCAUUAUUUUUUGUCAAUUUGGUAUUAUGCAGUCAUUGGUUUAAUUGGAUGUAUUAUAGCAUUGUUUGUUAUGAAUGAAUGGCGUUUACCGUAUUGUGGGAAAGAUAGGGUUCUUCUAAUAUUAAUAGGCUUGUUAGGGUUAGGGGGUCAGAUAUUUCUCACAAAAGCAUUACAGAUAGAGAAAGCUGGACCUGUAGCCAUAAUGAAAACAAUGGAUGUGGUGUUUGCUUUUAUUUUACAAAUUCUUUUUCUCAAUCAUCUACCAACUUGGUGGACUGUGGGUGGUGCCCUUUGUGUAGUAGCUAGUAGUUCUGGAACUGCCAUUCGUAAGUGGCGACAAAGCUUGAAGAAAGCUAAACAAAAUGAAAUCUAA